CGGCUCUCUCUGUUUUCCCUCUCGCGAGAGCUGAGGCGCGUAACAGGACAUCCGGGACCUUUCAGCGGGUGCUUGCGCGGCGGGGUAAGAUGGCGGUGGAGUCUCGCGUCACGCAGGAGGAGAUCAAGAAGGAGCCGGAGAAGCCGAUCGACCGGGAGAAGACGUGCCCGCUGCUGCUUCGCGUCUUUACCACCAACAACGGGCGGCACCACCGCAUGGACGAGUUCUCCCGCGGCAACGUGCCCUCUAGCGAGCUGCAGAUCUACACCUGGAUGGAUGCAACCCUCAAAGAGCUGACCAGCUUAGUGAAAGAAGUGUACCCAGAAGCACGGAAGAAGGGCACUCACUUCAAUUUUGCAAUUGUUUUUACGGAUCUCAAGAGGCCUGGGUAUAGGGUAAAGGAGAUUGGCAGCACAAUGUCGGGCAGGAAAGGCACAGAUGAUUCCAUGACAUUGCAGUCUCAGAAAUUCCAGAUAGGAGACUACCUGGAUAUAGCAAUUACUCCUCCGAAUCGUGCACCACCCCCAUCAAGCCGCAUGAGACCGUAUUAAGCCACUGUUUCUCUGUAUGGCCACAUCUUCUGUCUAUUCCUACUUGCUGUUCUAAAGCAGGCUUUUUUUUUUUUUUUUUCUGCUUUUGUUGCUAAGCAGGAACACCUGAAGACAAAGCAAAGCAUCUGAAAUGAAAGUUAACUUUUAAACCUUAACUUCUAGUUUGAUCAGAAGAAACACUUCUCUUUAGCAGUGCCAUCAUCCUAUCCCCAAGUGUUAUAGUUUGAACAUGAAGUUAGUGUGUCCAGUGUUUCAAGAUUUCCAUGAAAUAUGACCGGAAGGAUUACAGGUGUUCUGUAGUUGUCCUUUUUUGAAUAAAGAUGGAUGCUAUUGAUCUUU